AUGGGACGUAUGAAUGUAUCAGUGAUUCGUUAUAUGGAACAGGAACAUUUCCGGGUCCUUAUUGCGGUUGAAAUGGGGAUGAAGAAUCAUGAAUUGGUUCCUUUGGAAUUGAUUGGAUCAAUUGCUAGAAUACACCGCGGUGCUGUUUUACGUACUCUUACUGAUUUAGCAAAGCAUAACGCUGUUGCACAUGAACGUGGGAAACACUAUGAUGGUUAUCGUUUAACGACACUUGGUUAUGAUAUUCUUGCUUUGAAAGCUCUCAGUGCUCGGGAAGUAGUUGGAGCGGUUGGUAAUCAAAUAGGUAUUGGCAAAGAAUCUGAUGUUUUUGUUGGUGGUGAUCCGAAGCUUAAUGACCUGGUGUUGAAAUUCCAUAGGUUGGGAAGGACGUCAUUUCGGAAGUUGAAAGAAAAAAGGGAUUAUCACAAAAAGCGAAAAUCGUGCUCUUGGCUUUAUCUUUCCAGUCUAGCUGCAGCAAAAGAGUUCGCAUUCCUGAAAGCACUACACAGUCAUAAUUUCCCACUUCCAAAGCCAAUCGAUAGAUGUCGUCAUGUGGUUGUUAUGGAUUUAAUCAACGGUACAACACUUUAUCAUGUGCAACAAGUAAACGAUGCUGAAGGACUGUAUGAAAAACUGAUGAACAUUAUCGUACGUUUAGCGCGUUAUGGGCUUAUACAUGGUGAUUUCAAUGAAUUCAAUAUUAUGUUAACUGAAGAAGAGGAACCAAUAUUAAUCGAUUUGCCACAAAUGAUCAGUGUGGAUCAUCCAAACGCGCAAUUUUACUUUGAUAGGGACGUAGAUUGUGUCCGGACUUUUUUUAGAAGGCGGUUUAAUUACGAAAGCGAAUUGUACCCGAAGUUCGAGGCAAUGACGAGGAAAUACAAUCUUGAUGUGGAAGUGAGUGCUAGCGGGUUUACUCCUCGCAUGUCAAAAGUUUAUAACAAGGCUGUGGAAAAAGUGCAGGAAGAUGACUACUCUUCAAACUCUUCAACUGUCGUAGAUGAAGAUAGUAGUAUCGAAGACUCAUCUGAUUAUCAGACUGACGUCGAUGAAUCGAGUAAAAAUAUGCUCAAUAACGAUUGUAAUAAUAGGCUUAAGGAAUGGAUAAAGAAUGCUCAGAAUGAAUUGGAAAAGAUGAAUAUUAAUGAUUGUCAACCGUUGGAUGAAUGUUUGCAUCACACGGAUGAAAUUCGAGUGGUUACAACUGAUUUCACUGGAAGUUUUUCAAGGCUUAAAAACAAUUUAUUACAUGAUGAACGAAUCGAGAGAUUGCUUGAAAAUAGGGUGACAACGAAAUCUCUUUUUAGCGUGGGGUCAACAAUAGCACCAGAGGUAGUCCGGAAGCGCGUUGCUGCAGAAAUGAAGGCAAAGCAAAAGAAACCUUUACGAGUGAAAGGAAAAGCCAACGCAUUAACGUCUAUUGGAAAAUCCAUGGAGAAAGGUUCAAAAUCGUCAAGAAUUUCAAUUCCGGAUGACACUGAGUUCAAAUUAGAGUCAUUCAUGCUUCCAAAUUGUUACUACGGUGACCUGAAAUCAGUAUUGAUACCAAAAGGUCUCAUUAGUGAUCGAAUCAAAUGUCUUGCACGAGAAAUAUUCCACGUUAUCGGUGAUGAACCGUUGGUAAUACUCUGUAUUCUGAAAGGUUCAUUUCGAUUUUUUACGGAAUUAGUUGAGGAGCUAACAUAUGUUCGGAUGUCCUGCAAGCAUCCGGUGGAGGUGGAAUUCAUCCGAGUUAAGAGUUAUACGAAUUCGGAACGUUCUGAAACGUUAGAAAUGAUUGGUCUUUUGAAUGCAAAGCAACUGGAAAAUAAGAAUGUUGUGGUCGUAGAAGACAUAGUGGAUAGUGGCGUAACGAUGUCACAACUUCUAAAAAUGUUGGAAAAAAUGGGUGUGAAACAAAAAUGGACCGCGAUUUUACUGUCUAAGAGACGUGGAAGAGAAUUUAAGGUGCAAGAAGAUUUCGUUGCCUUCGACAUACCGAAUAAAUUCGUUGUGGGUUUUGGACUGGACUAUAAUCAGAAGUUCCGGGAUUUGGGACAUAUAUGUGUAAUGAGCGAAGCAGGCAUUGAAAAAUAUAAAGUGACAGAAUAG